CCUAAAACCACCGGCGCCGGUCUUGUCGUCGCUUCUUUUAUCCAAGAGACUCUCCCUUUUCUUCUUUCCUUUUCCAAAACCCAAAACCCUAAAACCCCUCAACAGUUCACCACCACUUCCAAGUUCCAAAGGUCUUUCUUUCACUUUCAAACUCAAAAUCGCUCGCUUGUUUCCACUUUCACAUCCAAAAUUAUCAAUUCCCACUUGGGUUAUUUUGGGUUGCAGAGAGUAUGCUGGUUUUCAAGAAAGAUGAACGCCUGGUGGGUUCAAUGCAUGUUUCUGCAAUUUUGAUGAUAAUGAAGAAUGGAUACAAUGUAAAAUCAAUGGCGAUCUUGAUCCCAGAAUCUAAUUCUAAACGGUUUGCUUGCAAUGAAACCUUUUUGUUUACUUAUGACGGACUGGAUUUCUUCUUUGAUUUGCCCUUGUUUCUCUACAUUCAAAAGCUCUCUAUUCUAAAACCCUUCCUGCAAAUUCUCCUUCCAUCCUCCCGACGCCAUAGCUACUCAACCCAUUCAUCGGAGGCUUGAAAACUAUGUCGAAGAAGUUACCGGCGAAAAGAUGGCUAUAUCAGAGUGAGAUGGAAGUUGAAUUGUUUCUCUCUGUUUAGGAUCCUAAACAUCAAGGGUUUUGUUGAUUAGGAAUUCACGUCAAGGGUUUUGUGAAAAUCUGGAAAGUGGAAACAGGGGAAAGUUGAAGACGAGCAAAAUUAGGAUUUUAUGCUUUUUACUUGAAACGACGCCGUUUAAUAAAUCAUUCCGACAAAA